AUGGGUUUACAGAGCCAGCUUUCCGACGUGUCGUCGGAAUCAAUCCUAAUACUCCUCGUUGUGCUCAUCGGAAAAAGUGCACGUUAUCUCCAUUCUCUUUUGUUCACUAUAUUGCACAACCUGGGGUUCAUUUUACCCCGGUCCGACCGGGAUCGGGCGCAAUUUGAGAAUUCUUUCUACGACGUCAUUGGGUCUGGUCUGGCCGGCCUUAGUGUCCUCUGCGAGCAAUUGAAUCUGAACCGUGUGCUUUCGUAUCCAAAUCAAUCCAAUGGCUGUGCCAGAGCCGAUUUGAAUUGCGUGGUGUGCUUGAACCAGCUGGGUGAAGGAGACCACGUGCGAAAGUUAGCCUGCGGCCACGUCUUCCACAAGGAAUGCUUCGAUGGAUGGCUCGACCACCUCAACUUCAACUGCCCUCUCUGCCGGAUGCCGCUGGUUUCCGAUGAGCGCGUGUGCUCACGCACCGGCGUGUGA